CAUACUGCAAUACAUAUGCAACUAGAAGUACAUUUGGAUCAGUGCAUAGAACUUUAUUUAAAUUUUGCUUGUUAACAAAAACAUUUCUUUCAGGUGAGGAUCCUUCAUCAGUUUGCGUGAGUUUGAGUAUUGAGAAACAUAUUUUUUUCAAUAGAUGAGGCAACAACCUAAAGAAGACGGUAUGAUUAUGUAUUCAAAUGCAUCUGCUGGGGAAUUUCUAACACUGGCACCAUUGGGUUUAUCUGCUACACAUGUUUAUCCAGCGUUUGUAUUUGGUGCACUUACUUAUUUUAUUAUUGUAUUUUGCAACAUGUUGGUUUUAACAACUAUUGCUGUGAGUAAAAAGCUACACAAGCCCAUGUUUAUCCUGCUGUUCAACUUGCCCAUUAGUGACAUGUUGGGUGCUACAGCUUUUUUUCCUCAGCUUCUGCUCAGCAUUGUGACACAGAACAGGGUGAUUUCAUAUCCUGCAUGUAUUACUCAGGGUUUUCUGAUUCACUUUUAUGGUACAGGAAAUCUGCUGAUCUUGACUGCCAUGGCAUAUGACAGAUACAUUGCUAUAUGUUGUCCUUUAAGCUAUAAUACCAUCAUGAGUCAAAAUAAUUUAAUCAGAAUUAUUAUUAUUGUGAUAUGGUUCCUUAAUUUCUCAAUGAUGUUAACAUUGUUUUUUUUGGUUGUGCGGUUUAAAGUUUGCAGGACAAAUAUAGUGGAUUUGUGCUGUAACAAUCCAUCAUUAGUGAAACUGGUCUGUGAGGACACCAGAUUGAACAACUACUAUGGAAUGGCUAUUAUAAUUGUGCUUCAGGGUGGACCACUGUUGAUAAUAAUAUACACAUAUGCACAGAUCUUGCGUACAUGUGUCAUGACUAAUCAUACAGAUGCCCGGAGAAAAGCCAUUCAAACAUGUGGUACACAUUUAGUUGUUUUCUUAUUUUUUCAAAUCAAUACUACCUUUACACUCAUUGCUCAUCGUAUUGAGAGUGCAUCCCCUUUCAUUAGAAGAGCUCUUGGUGUGUCAGUUUUAAUAUUUCCCCCUUUUUUGGACCCAAUUAUAUAUGGACUGAAAACUGCAGAACUAAAGCAGAGCAUGUUACUGUACCUAAAAAGAAAGGCUUGUUCGACCAAGUUGUAAUCAGUUUUCAAUUUUGAUUUGAAUGAUUACAGGAAUCACAGCCAGUGUGGAAAUCUUAUGCAUGUCU